AUAUUUAUCACAUUUUAAGUACUUAGAUCUGACUAUGAAUGACAAGUAAUAAAUCAAUUGCUGAGUGAUCUUUCAUAAUGAACAAUAUGGUAGAGGAGAGAUUCGAGACCAACUAUGAACAGCACGAGACCAUCGGAAAAGGUCCAUUCAGUUUUGUGAGACGUUGCACUCAUCGAAGAUCAAAACUCCAGUACGCUGUUAAAAUCGUCGACGUGGCAAAGUUUACUGGAAGUCCUGGACUUACUGCCCACGAUUUGAAGAGAGAAGCGACAAUAUGUCACAUGCUGAAACAUCCUAACGUUGUUGAACUCUAUGAAGUUUACAGCGAGGAAGGAUUGCUGUACAUGGUCUUCGAAUACAUGGACGGCGCUGAUCUUUGCUUCGAAAUCGUGAAACGAGCGAACAUGGGAUUCGUCUACAGCGAAGCCGUUACAAGUCACUAUAUGAGCCAAAUUCUAGACGCUCUUCGCUACUGUCAUGAAAACAACGUUGUCCAUAGAGACAUAAAGCCUCACUGUGUGCUUCUCGCUACGAAAGAAAAUUCAGCUCCAGUCAAACUUGGAGGUUUCGGACUUUCAAUUCAAGUUGAUGAUGAUGGGUUUGUUACAGGAAGUGUUGGGACACCUCAUUUCAUGGCUCCUGAGGUUGUCAAAGGAGAACCGUACGGUAAACCAGUAGAUAUAUGGAGUUGCGGUGUCAUGCUUUUCAUUUUAGUCAGCGGAAGUUUGCCGUUCUAUGGAACUCGGGAAAGACUUUACGACAGCAUAAAGAAAGGCAAAUUUCAUAUGAAUCCAAAACAAUGGGACGCGAUCAGCGAACCGUGUAAAGAUUUAGUUCGUCGUAUGUUGACCCUUAACCCCAACGAACGAAUCACAGUUUUCGAAUGUUUAAAUCAUCCCUGGAUUCGAGAACGGGAUCGGUACGCUCCGAGGAAACAUCUCGCGGACUCGAUCGAACAAUUAAAGAAAUUUAACGCAAGGAGAAAACUGAAGGGUGCUGUCUUAGCUGCUGUGUCAAGUAUGAAGUGUACGUCAUUUUAUAGUGAUCCGCCACUAGAGGGAGACAAUGCACAGCUUUUUGAAGAGCAAGACCCAACGUCAUCAGGUGCUGUUGCCAACGUACUCGAUAGUCUCGAAGAAAUCCACGCAUUAUCAGACGGAGCCGACAAUGAUUUAGAAUUUCUACAGAGCCUGCUGGAUGAUAAAGCUCUUCAUAGCAUGCUGGAGCUGUAUGACAGAAUCAACACCAGAUCCAAAGACUUAGAGCCGUCAUCGAGCGUAAUUCAACUAUUAAAGGACGCACUGUCAGGGAUGCCAGAACAUGACCAAGCCACAAUGGAAUUCAGGAACGUGAUACUGCAGCCCCAUAUGAUGGGUCUCCUUCAGGCUCAUGAUGUGGUAUCUCAUGAGGUAUACAGUUCCCCUGCACUUAUGGGUGAACAUGAACCCCAGAACGGAUUCCAAAAUGGGCCCCCAGAUCCCGAAGAAAUUGAUGGACAAGAUGAUGCUUCUGUGACCAGAGUAAGACUUGUUCAAUUCAUGAGGAAAACUGGAGAACCAUUGGGUAUAACACUGAAAAUUAAUGAAGAGGGUCAUUGUAUGGUUGCCAGAAUAUUACAUGGUGGAAUGAUACACAGACAAGGUACCCUCCAUGUUGGAGAUGAAAUUCGUGAAAUAAACAGUGUGAAUGUGGCAAACCAGACGAUUGAUUCUCUACAGAAAAUGCUGAAAGAACUUCGCGGCAACAUAACUUUCAAAAUUGUCCCGAGUUACCGAAACCAGCCACCAUCCUGUGAGCUGCCUAAUGGACAUGCUGGAGACGUUUAUAAGCAGAUCUACGUCCGAGCCCAGUUUGACUAUGAUCCAAUGAAUGACGAGCUGAUUCCUUGUCGAGAGGCCGGCAUCUCAUUCAGAACCGGAGAUAUACUACAGAUAAUCAGCAAAGAUGAUCACAACUGGUGGCAAGCCCGUGUCAUAAACAUUCCAGAUUCAGCGGCCGGAUUAAUCCCAUCACCAGAGCUUCAAGAAUGGAGGGUGGCGUGUAUGGCUAUGGAACGAGCGAAAGCGGAACACCAAGGAAGCUCAUGGUUUGGGAAAAAGAAAAAACAACAAAAGGAUAAAUAUCUGGCGAAGCAUAAUGCUGUUUUUGAUCAACUGGACUUGAUGACGUACGAAGAAGUUGUUAAAAUACCUUCAUUUGCCAGGAAAACUCUUGUUCUUCUAGGCGCUCAUGGAGUUGGGAGACGCCAUAUUAAAAAUACGUUGAUAACGACGCAACCUAGUAGAUUCAGCUAUCCUAUCCCUCAUACAACUCGGCCACAGAGGGCGGAAGAGAUCCAAGGAAAGAAUUAUUAUUUUGUCACCCAAGAAGAGAUGAUGGAAGACAUCAAGAAUAACCAUUAUUUGGAGUAUGGAACGCACGAGAGCGCCCUCUAUGGGACAAAACUCGAUACAAUUCGCAAAAUUCAUAACGAAGACAUGAUCGCAAUAUUAGAUGUCGAGCCACAGGCUCUGAAGAUUCUUCGUUCUGCUGAAUUUGCUCCGUUUGUAGUUUUCAUCCAAGCACCAAGUCUCAAUGUUGGGGGAAGCGAGUUGCCACCGUGGUGUGAGCAUUUACCUGACGAAAGCCUUGUUCGACUUCAAAACGAAUCGGAAACGUUGCGGGAAUCGUAUCAACAAUGUUUUGAUUUGACAAUUGUGAAUAAUGAUAUAGAUGAUACCAUUGAUAAAUUAAGGAGAGCCAUUGACGAAGUAUGCACAACUCCACAAUGGGUUCCAGUAUCCUGGGUUUAUUAAUUAGAACUGAUUGUUUGAGCUUAAGAAGUAAUUCAAUAUAUGUUGUUUGUGUCAGCUACCAGGGUCAGGACUGGAAUAAAAUCAUUGCUUCUUGGAAAAAUUGGAAAUGGUUCAAGAAAAUUCGCUGCAGGAAAUUUGUCCGCAUAGGAAAAAUCGAUGUAUGAAAAAUCGCCUUAUUUUAAAAAGAUUCGUUAUUUAAGAGCACACCUUAACCCAAACUCUAUAAACUGUUUUAAAUCAAUUCAUUGCUUCAUGGGAAAAUUGGAAAUGGUUCAAGAAAAUUCGCCGCAGGAAAUUUGUCCGCAUAGGAACAUCGAUGUAUGAAAAAACGCCUUAUUUUAAAAAGAUUCGGUAUUUGAUAGCACACCUUAACCCAAACUCUAUAAACUGUUUUAAAUCAAUUCAUUGCUUCAUGGGAAAAUUGGAAAUGGUUCAAGAAAAUUCGCCGCAGGAAAUUUGGUCGCAUAGGAAAAAUCGAUGUAUGAAAAAUCGCCUUAUUAUUUAAAGCAUACCUAACCCUAUAAACCUAACAGUUUUAAUGACAAAUACUUAUUUUUAGACAAAAUGCUUUUGCGAUUUUUCUAUGCUGCGAAAUAUCCUACGGCGAAUUUUCCGGACAUGAUUGGAAAUAAUCUUCAACUAACUAAUGUUUUUCACAUUCCUGUUUUUAAUAAGGAUGAAGAGCCACUGAUACAAAGGAAGUUACUGUUAUUUUUAGCCAGGGAAUGGUCUUUUCUUUUCUCUAUAGCUUUCCGUUUCUUGAGCAAGGUUUCCCAAACUGGGGUCAGCAGACCCCUGGGGGUUCGUGAUAAGUUCACAGGGGGUUCGUAACUAUAUGGAAAUGAUCUGGAACAUAAUCUUGUCGAAUUACCAUUAGCCUGCCAGUAUUCAAAGUUUGCAUUAAGUAUGUAUUAAUUCAAAUUUUCGUGAGAUUUAUUCGCAUUAUCCUUCGUCGUUGGUUAAGUGCAUGAAUCGAUACGGCAUAGGAUGGGAGUCCGUCAAAUAUAAGAUUUACAAACAGGGGUUGCCGCCCAAAAAAGUUUGGGAAACUCUGUUCUAAAGUACCCUUCAGUAUCUAGGUAACCUCCGCUGCUCAUAAGAAGGCAUAACAAACGGGUAUUAAUAAGCACAGAGAUACUACGUUUCUUGUAAGUUCAUACAUCUGAAAACAAAUAACUGGCAAACUAAUUCCAUUACCCGACAUUGAUUGGUAACUGGAUGAGAGGCCGUGGUUCACCGUAUUAUUAAGCUUCCUUAUCGGUUUUCCUUUCCCCCGGGAUAAAUGUGUUAUUCUUCUCCUAAGUUUUGUCAUUGUCGCCCAAUUUGUUGCAUUCGGCGUGAAGUCGUAGUUACGGUCUUUGAACCCAAAUCUUCUACGAAUUUGUUGAAUCGAGAAUAUUAACUCCACUUUGAAAAAUAUGACUCUGACAUCAAGAAUUCUUGGCGCUCCAGAGGUAUUUGUACCAAUAUGGAGGUAACUAAUUUUGUUCGCCUACUUUACAUCAAGUUGUGUAAGAGGACGGAAACUUAUCGGCAGGGGGUAUAUUCACUUGGCUAACACAGACAGUCCCCGAACUCGUGAUAGAACUAAAAAAAGAAAGAUCGGAAUAAAAUAAUGGCCUAACCCUAACCUGGUACACAUACUACGGGAGUACCAAAUGCUCUGUGUAAUCUGGUGCGACCUUUGACCCUCUACUACCUCUAGACUCAAACGUCUGCGAUAACAAGCCAGACUUUACUUAAGUUAAGACACCAUUAGUCCCCACUGAUGUCAUGAUUCAGAUAUAAUAUAACCAUCUUAAUAAUCCAAUCAAUAACAUGAAAUUUAACUUAUUAUUAUUAAUUCUGAACCUGAAAAUGCAAAAUCUGCAAAUAUUUAUAGAUCUUUCAUAUUAGCCAUUAAGUGCACCAAAGUCUCCCUAUUAUUGCUGAUCAGCCAAUCUAUUGUUUUUUUUUCAAAUAUAUGAAAUCUGACAUCUAUUUGAUUAUUGAAAAAUAGCAAAAAAUUCUGAAUUCAUAAUCUGCGAUGCCUUGCUGUCUUCAUGUGUUUAUCGAAUCAGCCAUUAGGUGCACCAAAGUCUCUUUAUAAUCACUGAUCAACCUAUCUACUGUUUUUUAUUCAAAUAUAAGAAAUCUAACAAUUAUUAUUA